AUGCUCUCCUCACUCCAGCUGGUCGAGCGCGCCGAGGAGGCGACGCACGCGCAGGAGGACGAUCUCGACGAGCCGGACCUCGGCCGGCUCGUGGUCAUCCGCCGCUCGGGCCAGGACGGCGGCUCGUGCCCCGUGGCGCCAAGGCUGACCUUUGGCAGGCGCGUCGGCGAUGCCCCGCCACCUGUGUGGCUCCACAACCUCACCAAGACCAACCCGCAGGGAACGCUCGUCAACGGCGCCCCUGUCGAGAUCAACGGCAAGCGGCUGCUCCAGUCGGGCGACGUGAUCGCCAUCAACGAGCGCAAGUUCCGCUUCGAGUCGCCGCCGCCGCCGGUGGCGCUGGCAAAGCCGCGGGCGCCCACGCCCAAGCGGACCCCGAGCGGCUCGCCCAAGCGGCGGGCCGCCAGCGAGAAUGCUGGCACCCAGCGGGCGGCGGCCACUCCCCUCGGCCGUGCGGGCUCCUCGCCCUCCCUCCGCUCGGCGCUGCGCGCGCGGCGCGCGGCCGUGGACUCCUCCCCGGACGAGCCGACUUCGGCGCCGCGCGGCGCGCCAACGGCGGCGUCGUCUCGCCGGCCGAGCCCCUCGCCCCGCCGCCGCUGCGCGCCGGCCGCGCCAAUCGAGCAGCCGGCGGCCGUAACGGCGCAGCCGGCCGCCGAAAAGGCGCAGCCGGCCGCCGUGGCGGCGGUCGCGCUCCCGGUGGGUCUGCUCGAGGAGCUGGCAUCCCGCCGGCCGGCAUCCGCGGCGUCGACGCCCGACGUGGGGACAGCCGCCGCCGCCCCCUCGCCCGCGGCGGCCAAGCUGUCUCCAGCCGGGCCGUGGCCGCGCGUCGCUCGCCCGGCUGCGUCGCCGCGCAUCGCAAGGCCUUCGCCCGGCUCGAGCAAGCUGGCCGUGCCCGGCAAGUCGCCCGCGCCUUUCCCCGCGGCCACUCCGGCGCCGCAGGCAGCUGCGCCCUCAGUCGACGACGUCAUCGAGGAGAUCUUCUCCGCAGCCAAACCCACGCCCGUGCGCUCGGCGCGUGCAGAGUCCACGCGCGCAUCGCUUUGCGCGAUGAUCCGCGGCCGCCCGUCUAGCGGCCGCAAGUCACCGCACGCGGCCAAAGCGCCAAAGCCGGCCACGCCCAAGCCCGCCGCCGCCCUGGCUCCCGCCGCCGCCGCCGUGGCUCCCGCCGCCGCCGCCCUGGCUUCCGCCGCCGCCGCCCUGGCUCCCGCCGCCGCCGCCCUGGCUCCCGCCGCCGCCGAGCCGGCUCCCGCCGCCGCCGAGCCAGCUCCCGCCGCCGCCGAGCCAGCUCCCGCCGCCGCCGAGCCGGCUCCCGCCGCCGCCGAGCCGGAGCGUGCCGCCGCCGAGCCGGAGCGUGCCGCCGAGGUGCCCGAGCCCAACAUCGAUCCCGGGCUCGACGCCGCCGUUGGGCCUGCGCCGAUGGACGAGGAGCCGACCACCGCCGCGCCUGCGCCGGCAGCCCCCGAGCCGGCCUCAGCCCCCGGGCCGGCUGCAGUCCCGUUGCCGGUCGCAGCCUCAGAGCCGCGGAAGAAGAAGCCGCGCUCGUCGCUGGCCGGGCUCGGAUCCGGCGCACGGAAGGGCCGCGGGCUGCGCGUCUCCUUCGGCUCGGCCGUCGAGCGCGCGCACUUCUCCACGGCAUCGCCCGCCCGGCUUCUCCCCUCGUCGGGCCGCGUCGUCCUGUCGCCGGCCGACCUGCUGGUGACGCCGGCGCCGCACGAGGAGGCUGCGCACGAGGAGACGGCCGGCGCCCUCGUGCUGCCGGUGCCGGUCACUGGCGAGCCUCUUCCACUCGUGGAGCCCCCUUCCCAACCCGCAUCGCAGCCUGCAAGCGCCGGCCAGCCAUCGGCGGAGCCUCGCCGGCGGUCCGUCAAGUUCCAGCGCACCUCGGAGGACAGCCUGCGCAUCUCGUCGACCGAGCUCGACAGUGGGAGCGGACCGCACUCGGAGCGCAAGCGCAAGCCGGUCCGUGCUUCGUGGGAGCAGACGCCGGGGGCGCGCGCCGGCGAGCGGCGCUCUUCCAAGACGCCCGCGGCGGCCGCCUCCACGGCCUCGAAGCGGCGCCCGACCCCGGCGACCAACGCGCCGCUCACGUCCGCUUCAGACGCCGACCGCCCGUCUUGCACGCCAGCGCCGAGCUCGGGGCUUGGCGCAGCGCUGCGCGCGCGCUUCACCCCGAGCGCGGCGUCGAUGGUCAACGGGCUGCUCGAGGGGCAGUUCACCCCAUUGUACACGCUCUCCUCGCCCGACUCGACGGCCGGCAUCUCGCCUGGCACGAUGCACGCCUUUGGCCUCUUCGCCGUGGGAGAGUUCGCCAUGGGAGAGGGUGGCGCGACGCCUGCGCCGAGCGCGGCAGCCUCGCCCAUGGAGGUGCCGCCCUUCUCGCCGCCAGCCGUGUCGCCGCAGCCGCCGGGGGGACGGGUCAACACACACCUGCGCUUCUUGACGCCCGACGCUGACGGCGCCGACGUGUGGGCCGGCGUGAUGCGCUACGAGGUGGUGACGCACCCGCCAGGCUCCGCCAAGGCUGCCGAGGCGACUCCCGUCUCGAUGAGCCUCUGGGGGCCGUGGGAGGAGGUGCAGCAGUGGGAGGGCGAGUACGAGGGCGAGUACGAGGGCGAGUACGAGGGCGAAGAGGAGUACGGCGAGGAGGAGUACGGCGAGGAGUACGGCGAGGAGGGCGAGGGUUGGCCGGUGCAGGAGGUUGCACUCGACGACGAGGUCUACUUCAUCUCUCCGGGCGUCUCGCUGCGGCGCCGGGGCGCCCACCUCCGCUUCCCCAAGUCGCCCGCUUCUGCGCGCGACCCCUCGUCGACCAAGUCGCCCGCAAGCGAGGCCUCGCGGCAGUCGACCCCGCAGCCGGCCGGCGCCGCGGAGGAGACGCAGCCAGCCGAGGGCCAAGAGGAGAAGCAGGAGGAGGCGGCGCCCCCUGUCGAGGCGAUGAACGAGGCGGGCGCGGCGGCACCGGCCGAGGCGAUGGGAGAUGCGGAGAUGACGCAGCCGGAGGAGGAGGCUCCGGAGCUGGUGUCAGUGUUCGGAGUCUGCGGCGUCCUAUCGAGCACGCGCGGGCCUGUGCACGUGGCCGGCAAGGAGGCGGAGGCGGAGGCGGAGGAGGAGGAGGAGGAGGGGGAGGCGCCGGGCACUUGCACCUCGGUCCGCUCGAUGAUUGUGCACCCGGACCUCUCCCCGGACGGCGAGCCGCUCGACUGUGGCAGCGAGGAGGAGGCUGGCGACGAGGGUACGGAGGAGGGGCUGCCUGUCUGUCGCCUGUCCUUCACGCCGUCCGGCGCGGCGUCUGCUCCGCCGCAGCCGAUGACGCCAGCUGUGGCCGAGGACGCCCCGGCGCCUGAGGCCGCCGGCGUGGGCGCCUCUGUGCUGCUGCCGACCCGGGCUUCGUUGGGUUCGUCGCGCCGUGCGUCGCAGCGCUACAAGGCGAAGGAGGUUUCAUCGGAGCGGACGGCCUCCGAUGAGGAGCUCGGCGCGCGCUCGAGCCUCUCUCGCCCAUUGCGGCCGACGGACACGCUUCAGUCCGCCUACUCCAUCGUGCUGCCGUCGCCCGGGAGUGCGCGCAUCGGCUCGUCCAUCGCGGCGUGGCCGCCAUCUGCCGGAGAGGAGGAGCGCGAAGAGCGCGAGGAGGGCAGCGAGGAGGAGGCAGACAGUGAGGAGGAGGAGGGCAACGAGGCGGCGUCGGACGAGGAGGCGCUGCAGGAGCCGCCGCAGGAGGAUGGCAAGGAAGCCCAGCGCGACACGGCACCCGUGGACGCACCCGAUCCCGCGGCUGUCGUCUGGGAGGAGGGCGCGGCGGCUACGGCGGCUGAGAGCGAGGAUGCUCCGCGCUCCAGCGGCGGACGCCGGACAAGCUGUGCCAGCAUGGACGGCCUACUCUCUCCGGAGCUGUCGCUCGAGCUGCAGGAGAUGCUCGAGCCGGGCUCCGUCUCGCGCGAGAUGCUGCUGCCCUCCUCGCCAGCGCAGGACCCCACAGUGCGCGACGACGAGUUUGGCUCUGCACGCCGCACGCGCUCCGCGCGCAAGCUGGCCGCGCCUGCGUCGACCGCGCUCCCUGCCGAUGCGGACGAAGCGCUCAAGCCGGACGCCGAGGCCGAGUGCUCGCCGGACAGUGUCGCGCCCGCCGUGUCCGGUGCCGACAAGCUCGCGUCGCCGGAGAGGAGCGGCAAGGGUCUGGCGGCGGACACGCGCUCCCUGCUCGAGGCCCUCCGUGUGGCCCAGCUGCGCGAGCGGCUGGAUGCGAUCGGACUGCCGAGCGCUGGCAAGAAGGCGGAGCUGGUCGAACGGCUGCUCGAGGCGCUGCCGGGCGACGCAGCGGUGCCGGCGGCCGCCGCCGUGUCGGAGGCGGCGUUGGCGGCCGCACCGCCGAGUGGCGAGCACGAGCGUGCGAUGCUCGCGGGGCUAAAGGUCGCCGAGCUGCGUUCUCUGCUGGAGGGUGCUGGCCUCGCUGUGGCAACCAAGAUCACCAAGGCGGAGCUGCUUCGCCAGGUUGAGGCGGCGGCCGCAGUCGGCUCCCUCUCACUGGAGGCAGAUGCCGACGCCGCAGCCGCCCCGCCGAUGAGCCAGUCCCGACCGAAGCGCGCGCGUGCGGCCGUCGAGGAGACGCCAGCUCCGGUCAGUGCCUCAGUGCGCAAAGGCAAGCGCGCAAAGGCGAUGGCGGACGAGGAGCCGCCAAGCUCUGCGCGUCGCAGCACACGCGCCCGGCGCUAG